CGUCUCCGCUCUGGCCAACAUGGCGAAGGGACAACGUGGGAACACGGCUUCGUCUACGAAGACGACGGAAAUGGACCCGAGGACCGAGGGCUUCAGUUUAAUGCUCACGUCCAGCGACGACGAGGCGCCCGAGGAGAUGACCUUUGAAGACUCGAAGGCGGAGGCGCUGCGGAGCAUGAAGGAGGCGCUGCUCUCCGCCAGAAGGGACAAAGAGCUGCUGAAGGAGAAGAGAAGGAAGAGGCAGGAGUUGUUCCAGGAACAGAAGAAAAGAAAACUCCUAUCGGCUGAAGUGUUGGAAGAAAUCAACUCCGCCCCUUCAAAGAAGCAGAAGCAAACUGAGGCUAAAGCGGCUGAAGAAGACGAGGGGAAGAAGGAGAGCGGGAAACCAGCACAGGCCCGAAAUCUGAAGGGAAACUACACAGUGACGACAGUGAAGGGGCGAGUGGCGGCGGCCUCGCAGCAACAGGCGGCGGAGGACUUCCUCCAGUCCCGGCUGUACGGGCCGGGAAGCUGCAGGACCACGAGUAACGAGCUUCUCUCCAUCCAGAACAAGACGGGGAAACACAAAAGUGCAGCGGUGCUGUUUGUCAAGAAGGACUGGGCCCUUAAAGAGAAGGCCAAAGCAGAGAAGCUGAAGAGAAGGUGGAUCCACAAGCAGAAGCUCCCCCCCUGCUGACCGGACCCCGGUACUGCACGCUGGAUUUAACUGGACCCCGAAUGCAGAGGAAGCCGAGCUCUGGACCUCUCGUUGGGGACCGGAUGAGAACCUGGCAGCAGCCCGGACCCCCGGCUCAUCACCGACAUGUUCAACAACCCUCACGCGGGUUUGAAAUACAGGACGGCUCCUCGGCUGCUUUUUGUUUUUAAAGAGCAGAACAUGUGGAGCUGUUUAGUGUUAAAGGUGGGAUUGUGUGUCUAACCUUAAACUAGUCAUUUGUUUCAUAAAAGAUUGUUAUAAGUUGCUUUUACGUGAUUAGAUUACUGAGUCAAGAGAUUGUCGUUGAUUAUCUUUUGACCCAAAAUGUCAAAUAUUUUCUGCUCGUGACAUUCAAUGAAAUGUUUAUAAAAAGAUUCUUUACAAGAACAAUCAGUUUCUGGAUGUGAUUAUUUGAGUUAUUUCACUUUAAAUAAAGCUCAAACCAAACAUGUGCACUGGUCAAAGUCAGAGUCUGAUAUUAGCCAAGUUUAUUUUGAUGUGGAGAAUGAAUUUUAGUAAAUUAAUUGAAUAACUCAGUUUUUCCAGCAACACAAACCUAAAUUAAUAUAAAUGGAAGCUUGUCUAACAGUCGUUUUUAAGUGGACCCUUUUCCCUUCCAGGCUCCGUAUGUGGAAUAACCACAAGGGGAUUAUUUUAGGAUCUAACUGAACUGUAUCAGGACUUCAGCUUUUUUUCAUUUCCUUAUUUUAAUAAAUCUGUUCACCCUCAAACAAAUAGCACUUUGUUUUUUUCCUCUAAAAUUCUGCGUAACGCUUUCCUUAAACGGGCUAAAAGACUUCCACCGUGAUCUUAGCACCACUUUACGACGGCAUGCGGAGGGUUCAGACACUUUGUCUAACACGUUUUUUCCAAACGAUGCCACCACUGCUUGCGAUCCAGGAUUAAAAGAGAACGAGAAAAGCUGUUUUCCACCACGUCAGUCAACUCGACCUCCUGAGGCGAAACAAAAAACAACUUAAAAGACGAGACGGUGUGAAGCGAACGCCUCGGACUUCCUGUUUCUCUGCAAGUGGCGAGAAGGAACCGUCGGAGCACACGGCUGCGUUGUCUUCCUAAAGGAUUUCUUUUUGAUCUUCUGAACAGUGCGAUUGACAAAUACUGAUUUUCUUUUAAUGGUUUUAUUCUCCCUCUCGACUCGGAGGUCUUUUCAUACAUUAAUGCUUUUUUCUCUUCCCAAAAGCAGAAAAAAUAGAAACUAGACGACAGCGAAAACGCUACCAGACAGCAACCGAAGUAAAAAUUAAAAUCCACAGAAAAUAAAAUUACGACAUUUCACUGCUGCUACCCGACAUCAAAGCCAACUGAAAUACAUCCUUUUUUUUGUUUUUUGUGCACGCUCGUUUGAAAAUAUAACUUUUAAUAAUUUUUCAGCAGCAACAUGUUUUUUUUCUCACCCGGUCUAUUUGUGCACAUCCAACA